CACACUGGAGUUUGUUGCCCUGGUGUUCUUUAGAAUGUCUCAGUCAGGUUUUGUACAUUUUCAAGGAAGCGGGGCAGAAUGGUUCCUCGCACCUGUUGCUAAAACUGCCAAAGACUGAUUUGGAAUACAAUUUUUAGGAAGGUAGGCCGGUUACUCGUGGCUAUGACCAAGAGCUGACUGCGUCACAUUAAUAAAUUGCAUUCUAACUGUGUUUUUCCCUAACUUUGGUCAUACAGAACCUUCAUAUUAUGUGGACCUCUUUAAAUCCAGGUUUAAGACCCACGUGUUCAAAAUUGCUUAUCAGAGCAAUUUUCAAAAAUCAGAGAAGGAAUGGAAUAUAUAGGAGAUGGGACUGCUCCUGUGUGGCGGACGUAGUAUAACACACUUUUCCUCUCUACUUGCGACAUAAGCAAUGGAAGUUUGAAUGGAGCACUGACACCUGCCCAAUUUUUUCUGUAUUGAUUGGAAAAGAGGAGGAAUAAGAUUAGACCUGAGUCUGAAAAAUGGACUGUUAUGCUUUGCUGCCUUUGCUAAUUGUCUCAUCUGUGAUGGGAUGCUACGCAACAGAAGAUGCACAAACUAAAAGGCCGUGUCUAGAAAUGCGCAGUCCCAACGCUACACAACAUGUGGCUCAUCGGCGCUUCAGACGCGGCUGGAUAUGGAAGCAAUUUUUUGUCCCAGAAGAAGAUCCUGCUCCACAGAUUAUUGGGGAGCUGAAAUCGGAUUUCGACAAGGGGGAUUUGUCGAUCAUGUACCUUCUGUCUGGUGAGGGUGCUGGUGACGUGUUUGAAAUAGAUGAAUACACGGGUAAGAUUCGGACUUUAAGGAAGCUGGACCGAGAGGAGAAAGCUUUUUAUACCCUCCGUGCCCAGGCCAUAAACCGGAAAAACAACCAGCCCAUUGAACCUGAAUCAGAAUUCAUAGUGAAAGUCCAGGACAUAAAUGACAACAUGCCACAGUUCCAGAAUGAACCUUACAUGUCCAUCAUCCCAGAAAUGUCUCCUACAGGGACGACAGUGAUGCAGGUGACAGCCACAGAUGCUGACGAUCCCCAGUACGGGAACAAUGCCAAGCUCAUCUAUUCCAUACUGCAAGGGGAGCCCUACUUCUCAGUAGAGCCAAAAACAGGUAUUAUUGUGACCUCACUGCCCGACAUGGACAGGGAGGCUCGGGAGAAGUACUUUGUGAUUGUGCAGGUGAAGGACAUGAUGGGCCUGUCCGGGGGCUACUCCGCCACUACCACGGUGACUGUCAGCCUUUCCGAUGUCAAUGACAAUGGACCCAUCUUCCAACACAAUCUCUAUUCCUUUGGUGUGGCAGAGUCUGCCCCUGUUGGCACCACCGUGGGUAGGAUAAAAGCAGAUGACAGUGAUGUCGGUGUCAAUGCCAGGAUGAACUACAGCUUGGAAGAGAAAGAGGGAAGUGACACAUUCCACAUCCGCACUGAUCCAGUCACACAGGAAGGCAUAAUUCUGCUUGCCAAGACCUUGGAUUAUGAAGCCAAAAGGCAAUUUUUCUUGGCUGCAGAAGCUUGGAAUGACCAUGUGGAUACGCGCUUCCUCAGUUAUGAUGAGUUCCGAGACCGGACCAACUUGAAGAUCGUUGUGGAGGAUGUGGAUGAGCCUCCCGUCUUUUUGUUGGAGGUGUAUGACUGGAAAAUUCAUGAAAAUGCAGCCCUGGGAACAUCAGUAGGCACCGUCAGUGCCAGGGAUUCGGACACAGCUAAUAAUCCUGUUAGAUACAGCAUUGAAAAAGACACCGAUGUGAAGAAAAUGUGGAAGAUCGAUCCGAACAAUGGAACAAUUAUUGUGGCGAAACCACUGGACCGAGAGAGUAGAGCCUGGCACAAUUUAACUGUGACAGCCACUGAGACAAGGCAAAACGGUUUGUCUUCCUUUGUGCUGGUCUUCAUCAAAGUGCUGGAUGUCAAUGACAACGCACCGCAGUUUUCUAGAGAGCAUCAUCCAUACAUCUGUGAAGGAGUACAGUCUGGAGAGCUCGUCGAUCUCAUCAGCGCUGUGGACGAGGACGAGGAGGAAGAGGGACACCAGUUCUAUUUCACGCUGGUCCCCGAGAAGCGCAUCAACCCUAACUUCACUCUGAGGGACAACCAAGACAACACAGCCAGCAUCCUGACCCGCAGGAGCUCCUUCACACGACAGGACCGUCACCAGUACCUUCUCCCCAUCGUCAUAGCUGACAGCGGUGUCCCACCACUCAGCAGCACAACAACUCUCACCAUCAUUGUCUGCAGCUGCCACCCGACUGGCCACUGUCCGGCUGGUGGAGUGGAGGCUUUUGCCCUUACGAUGGGCCUCAGCAUUCAGACUCUCAUUGGUGUCCUGGUCUGUCUUCUCAUGGCCACAGUCCUGUCCAUACUAAUGCUGGCAGUGAGGAGGCGCAAGAAGAAACAGCAGGGAGAGUCGAAGGAAGACGAGAGUAAGCCAGACCCGUGGGAGGCUUCGGAGAAGGUGCUGCGCUACAUGGAGCCAGGGGCCGAGGUCGACUCGGGGGCCAGUCCUCCGGUCCCUCUCAGGCCCCAUCCCAGGCGGAAGGGCCGGCAGCAGUGGCGAGCAGAGGUGGCAGCCAGCAUCCGCAUGUCACUUCGGCAGUCGUACAACGUCGGCCCUGAGGAUGAGGUCUUCCGCCAGUUCAUCCAGGACAGGCUGUACGAGGCGGAUCACGACCCGUAUGCGCCACCUUUCGACUGCCUCCGCACCUACGCCUUUGAGGGGAUGGGCUCUUCUGCCGGGUCACUCAGUUCUCUGGAGUCCAGCACGUCAGAGCAGAGUCCAGAGCGACCCAGAGACCAGGGGAUGCCAUUUAUGAGGCUGACACUCUGGCAUGGGGGCAAAGAGGAAGAAACACACUUCUGAGACAGCACUGCAAGUCUCUUAAGAAAACUGGGGUGGGGGUGGGGGUGCUGCCUAUGAGGAAUGACGCAGAAUCUGUUUCAUACCCUUUUCUGCCCUUUAACUUUUGAUUAGACCUUUUGUUAAAACGAUUGUAAUACAACAAUUUUUGAUACACCUAUUUAUAACUGCGGGGCAAUAAAUUUAGAUGUGUAGUGUUUUUGAAAAACUAACAAUGUUUGCAUUUUUAUUUGACGUCUUCACGUUUCCAAAGAAAGUGGGGUAAAAGUUAUUCUGAAAUAUCCAAGUGGAAUUGUUAAAUGUAUGUUUCGAUUUGUAAUCCUCUGUUUGAUAUAAAAUGAAUGUUCGUGUGAGACUUGUAGUUUAAGACAAUUCCUCAUGGGUUCUGCUUUAAAAAUCUGUCCACAUCACUCAUACUGGUAUAUUCUGGUAUAUUCCUAAGCUAAGAUGUAAUGUAUUGCAUGACCAUACAAGUUUUGCUUUUCAGUUAUUAUGCAAGUAAGGACAAGAUUAACAUUGCUGAUCUAUUCAUUUACAUACAUUUACAUCUAUUCACUUAGCAGAUGCUUUUCUCCAGAGUGACUUCCAAUGA